CCAAAAUGGCGUAUGCGGGCUUUUUGCUGAAGGGACAGUGAGGGGUGGAAAAUAACUUGAAUAUUUGGCAAUAAUAUAAUAAGAAAAGUAACUGAGAGUGGCUGCCCGUGAUAACGUGUUUAGUGAUUUGCUUUUUUCGAGUGAGUAAAAGCCGGCCUGAGGGAACAAUAGUUAAAAGAUGAAGGGCAAGGAGAGAUCACCGGUGAAGAAGCGCUCUCGGGCCUUGGACGACAUCCGAGACAGAGGAGGAAGCCACCCCACCAGCAAGAAAAUGGGGACCCUCUCAGCGGCCGGAGGCAGCAACAAUGGCAACAGUUCCGUCAAAAGCGAAGGGGGCUCUGCUAGGAGGAGUCUGCUGGCCGAGAAAAGAGAAAGUCGGGACUUCGACGGACACGUUUCCAGCCGGGCCGGGGGCAAUCACAGCUAUGCCAACGCCGCCGCUAGCUCCAGCAGCAAAAACCACAACAACCUGACUCUCGACCCGGCCGCCACCAGGACCAAUUCCCGCGGGGAGCAGCGGCCUCCGCUCACCAGUACCGAAAGUGAGUACAAGACUCUAAAAAUAAGCGAACUGGGUUCGCAGCUGAGCGACGAGGAAAUAGAGGACGGGCUGUUUCACGAGUUUAAAAAAUUCGGGGACGUGAGCGUUAAAAUCAGUCGGAUUAACGACGAAAGGGUGGCGUUUGUCAACUUCAGGCGGCCCGAGGAUGCCAGGGCAGCCAAGCACGCCCGGGGAAGGCUGGUCCUCUACGACCGCCCUUUGAAGAUCGAAGCUGUGUACAUUAACCGGAGAAGAAGUCGCUCUCCCAUUGAAAAGGAGGCUUAUGCAGCAGUGGCAGGGCACAGACAUUUGCAUGCCCAGAGACCUCUGUCCCCCACUGGGCUUUGCUACAGAGACUACAGGCUGCAGCAGCUAGCCCUGGGUCGCCUACCCCCUCCCCCGCCCCCACCUUUACCCAGAGAUCUGGAAAGGGAAAGAGAGUAUGCCUUCUAUGAAGCACGGGCACGCCCAGCUUACAACAUCGCAGAACGUGCCGCCGCUUUCCGUGAGGAAGAGCUGAUUUCGCCAGAAGAUGACCAAAGAGCCAACAGGACUUUGUUCUUGGGGAACCUGGAUAUUGGCGUCACAGAGAGCGAUCUGCGCAGGGCGUUUGACAGGUUCGGGGUGAUCACCGAGGUGGACAUUAAACGGCCCUCCCGUGGCCAGACCAGCACGUACGGUUUUCUCAAGUUUGAGAACCUGGACAUGGCUCACCGGGCAAAACUGAGUAUGUCGGGUAAAGUGAUCUGCCGAAACCCCAUUAAAAUUGGCUACGGUAAGGCCACUCCCACCACGCGCUUGUGGGUGGGCGGACUCGGACCCUGGGUUCCUUUGGCUGCCCUGGCCAGGGAGUUUGAUCGUUUUGGUACCAUUCGGACUAUUGACUACAGAAAGGGGGACUCGUGGGCCUACAUCCAGUACGAGAGCUUGGACGCAGCACAGGCAGCUUGCACCCACAUGCGCGGUUUCCCGCUGGGGGGACCGGAACGGAGGCUGAGGGUGGAUUUUGCCGACACGGAGCACCGCUACCAGCAGCAGUACCUACAGCCCUUGCCCCUGCCUCACUACGACAUUGUGGCGGAGUCGUUUGUGCACCGCGCUGCCCCGGAGUCGCUGCGGGUUAGGGAGAGGACUCCUCCGCCCUUGCACUUCAGAGAAAGAGAACUCUACCCGGCCACCGAUUGGGCUGCUCCUCCAGUCCGGGACAGAGUGAGGGCGGCUUUCGAUCCCCUGGACCAUCUGGACCGGGAGCGCAGGCCGAGGGAGGCCUGGUCCCUGGAGCGAGAGAGAGAGCUGCAGAACCGUGACCAAACGCGCAAGCGGCGGCUGCUGGAGGACAGCCGCCACCUGGACCGCUCUCCUGACAGCAGCGAGCGCGCCCGAAGGCGUCACUGUCCCUCCCUUGAGCGCAGCCCAGGGGGGAGCAGUGGCAGAGACGGGGGGCGAUACAGCGAUUCGGAGCGGCCCCUGCGCUCCGAGAGGCCCUCCCCAGCACGGGACAGGCAUGCCAGCCUGGAGAGGGCUGCUGGGGAGAAGCGGGGAGGAGAGAGGUUAAAAACUGUCAGUGCGGGGGAAGCGGCUGCAGGCGGAGUCGGGGGUGGGGCAGGAUCUGGUGUGGAAAAAGAGCGCAAACGCAAGAUCAGCGAGACCAGCAAGAGCCCAGCCAAGAAGGAGGAGCGCUUCGAGAUGAGCUCUUCCAAGGGCAGCCAGGGGCUGAAGCAGGAGGCAGGCCAGAAGCUGUGCCUGGCCUGGCAGGGUAUGUUGUUGCUGAAAAACAGCAACUUCCCCUCUAACAUGCAUCUCUUGGAAGGUGACCUCAACGUGGCAACCAGCCUGUUGAUCGACGGCUCUACAGGUGGCAAAGUGGCCCAGCUGAAAAUCACCCAGCGUCUGCGUCUGGACCAACCGAAGCUUGAUGAGGUUACCCGACGUAUCAAGGUGGCAGGCCCCAGCGGCUACUCUGUCCUCCUGGCGGUACCAGGGAACUCCGAGGGCGGGUCGUCUUCAUCUGAGCCAGCAUCGUCCACCCAGAGGCCGCUGAGGAACCUGGUCUCUUACUUAAAGCAAAAACAGGCCGCAGGAGUUAUCAGUCUCCCCGUAGGUGGCAGCAGAGACAAGGACAACGCUGGAGUCCUUCAUGCUUUCCCUCCCUGUGAUUUCUCUCAACAGUUCUUGGAUUCCUCUGCUAAAGCUCUUGCCAAAACAGAAGAGGACUACCUGGUGAUGAUCAUUGUUCGUGGGGCAUCAUAAAAAAGAGAAAAAAAAAUCUUGUAAUCUAUCCACAGCACUGCAUGCGCUCUGUUCUGCAUUAUGGGAUACAGCAAUCUCUAAAUCUGGGGGCUGCGGGCCCUCAGAUGUUUUGCCAAAAAGAAAAACACCUUCCUUUUAGAAAAAAAAAUAUUGAUCCACAGGUUUUGGGGGUCCAAAUAGCUAAAAACAAAAAGCUCUGAAAACUUCAAAUUCAUUGUCAUGCAUGGAAAAUUGUUGUUGUGUGUCUGUUUAUGCUGUACCCAAUCAGAUGUUAGUCUUUCGGGUUCACUGGAUUAAGGAAGGUAAUGGCAAUGUGACACAGUGCUCAGAAAAAAUUAACAGCAAAUCCUUACAAAAUUAAAAUCCUCUGCAAGUCACCUUGAUUUUGUUUUAGGACAUUGCUUUGUUUCAUGUUUUAUCAUUAUAACUUUCUAGAAGAUAAAACAUUUGGACCUUUUAUCAUCUCAAGGAUAAAAUAUAUCAUUAGACUUCAGUACUUAAGGCUUUGUCAAACAUGAUAAAUUAAAGUUUACAGCCCUUCUAAAAUAAGUAUAACACUUAACAGCUGUAAUUAAAACACCAGUAGUGUUUAACUGUUAGCUAAUGAUAGCAACGUUUAUUUGCUUGAUUUGCAGCUGUCCAAAUAUAACGGGUCUCUAUUUUCUUUGUGUUUUAACAUUCUCUAAAAUAUCAGAAUUACUACAGCAUUUAAAAAAAACAUUGCAAUUUAAGAUCUUAAGUACCUUGCACAUUGCUCAGUGAAGUGCUUACCUACCACUCUGGGAGACCCCUUGUAGAGUUCAGCAUUUCCUUGUACACUUAAUAAAUUGUUGACUUUUAUUUGCAUAAUUAACCAUGGUUUACUCCAACAGUCAAAGCAUUCAUAGAAUGUGGAUAUGUGAUGACCUACAAGAGCAAAUACAUUUGUAUCCAGUGCACAAUUUCUUAAAGGGGAGCUUUUGUUCAUACUAGUGCUGAAUGUUUUUUUCCAAUGGCAUAUUUCAAUAUGUGUGAUCUAAAGGUUGAUUCUGCUCUCAACAGUAGUGCUGUUGUACAUCCUUUGGUUUUUUUUUCUAAAAGGGUUGCCUCAGCAUGGUCAGCUGCUGGUGAUUGGUUAUCCCAUAAUGCAUAAAGAUCUACUGAAAUGACAGUGUUUCAGUUAACUCUCAAGUAGAAAAAACUACAAAGCAAGCCAGUUACAAAAGAUGAUUUGCAUGCAAUCCUCUUGUUUAAAAUAAUCUUCAUGGUUCCAUCAUUUUUAAAAAGUUUAUCUUGUUGGUGAAGCUAACAGUAGCACUGUAGCUGGGAGAAGGAUGUUUCUGGACAGCAGUGUCUUUGCUUGUAAAUCAUCCUUUAUGGCUGGACCUCAAGCUGAAUGUUUGUGCUUGUAUUACUUGGAGAGGAAUAUCUGGUAGGUUUUAGUCAACACUUCAGUGUCAUUUUUCUUUAAAGAA